AAUGGUUUCGCGAGAGUACAGUUCAGCGACGCGAUGACGUAGAAUGUAAGCGACCCUCUGUGUGUGAUUGAACUAAACGGCUUUAAAAGUACAGUGUUGCGAGCGUCUAGAAUGUCCACAACUGGAGGAAAUAAGCAGUGGCUGUAGAUUCUGCCAUCAAGGUUAUCGGAUCCAUGUGACUAAUCUUGUAGCUCCAUGAAGUACAGGAUGUCGCACCACUGCGUGGCGUACGGGUGUAACAAGACCGAAGAAGAUGGCGUGACGCUGUUUAAAUUCCCCAAAGAUGCUGAGGAGUUUCGCAAAUGGGAGAAGCAGGUUCAGCGGACUCGCAGUGACUGGGUUGCCUCACACAACUGUCACCUGUGCAGCGAGCAUUUUGGGAAAGAAUACUUUGAUCCUAAGUCAUCCUCUGGGAUUCUGAAGCUGCGACCUGGAGCUGUUCCCACUGUGUUUGUCCGCCCUCACUGCUCCUCCUGCAAUGGAACUGGCUGUAAGAAUUGCCAGCACUGGAACAUUUUUCCAGAAUCUUAUGAGUCUAACAUUACAGCAAAAUGUAGUGAAAGAGCGACAUCCCAGUCACAUGGUACAGAGGGAGGAAGUGAUGAUGAACAACACGAAAGAAUGCCAGGGGUGAAUUCUUAUUCAUCAAAGUCCAGGAGGUCAUCCAUGCCGGCACACCCGCAGGAAAAGCCGAUAUCAAAAAAUAUGUUGCACAAAGUGAAAAAAACUCCCCCAGCAGCAUUGGAUGCACCUGCUGUGGGUUUUGAGUGGGGUGCCUACUUGGACAAGGAAACAUCUCUGGGUGCAUCCGUCUCCUGCUUCAGUCACGCUCCCAUGUGUUCCCAUUGGGAUGACAUCACUGUCGGGACGAAAGUAGAGGUCUUGAACACCAAUGCGGUCAUCCCCGGUAGAGGUUAUUGGAUCGCUACUAUCAUUCAAAUGGCAGGAUACAAAGCCUUGUUGCGAUACGAGGGCUUCGAGCAUGACAGCAGCCGUGAUUUCUGGUGCAGCCUCGUUUUAGGGAAGCUGCACCCCAUCGGGUGGAGCGCCAUGACCAGCAAGCUGCUGGUGCCUCCACGAGAUGUGACCAACAUCACAGAUUGGAAAGAGUAUCUGAUGAAAAAGUUGGUGGGGGCUCACACAAUACCUGUCGAAAUCUGCCUGAAGCCUGCAGAGAAACACUCCUUAAAGGUGGGCAUGCGCGUGGAGGUGGUGGACCCCAAAUAUGUCAGCCGGACACGCAAAGCAGUCAUACACUCCAUGAUCGGGGGACGCCUGCAGCUGGUGUACAUGGACCAGAGCGACUCCCCUGAAAACGUCGUUUCGGAUUUCUGGUGCCACAUAUCCAGUCCUCUCCUGCACCCGAUCGGUUGGUCCAAAAAAGUGGGUCAUGAAAUCAAAACGCAGAGAAAUGGCGGCGAAGGUGCUGCCGCUGGUUGGAAAGGCAAAUGCAACAGUACCUUCCAACUCUUUAAAAAGCCUAGGUUUGUCUACAUGGACGGCGGUUUCUUUGAGGAAGGAAUGAAGCUCGAAGCGAUCGACCCCCUGAACCUGGGCAGCAUCUGCGUGGCAACUGUACACGAGGUUCUGUCAGACGGCUACCUGAUGGUCGGUAUCGACGGUGCGGUGUCGCUCAACGGCUCGGACAAGUUUUGCUACCAUGCGUCGUCUCAUGCAAUUCUUCCCAAAGGUUUCUGCAAAAAGAAUGACAUCCCUCUCACCGUACCACAGGGCUACAACCCCGAUACCUUCACCUGGGAAAAUUACCUGAGUGAUACGGGAGCCAAAGCUGCACCACCACAACUAUUCAACGCUGACUACCCAGGACACGGCUUCAGUCCCAACAUGAAGCUGGAGGCGGUGGACCUGAUGGAGCCACGGCUGGUGUGCGUGGCCACCGUGAAACGCUGCGUCGGACGCCUGCUCCUCAUCCACUUUGACGGGUGGGACAAUCACUUUGACCAGUGGGUGGACCACCAGUCCCCCGACAUCUACCCCAUCGGAUGGUGUGAGCUCACGGGCUACCAACUCCAGCCUCCUCCUGGACUGGUCGAAGCGUCCGAAAAGCAGACGGCGCAGGCCAAGAAACAAAAGCCAACUUUGUACGGGAAAAAGAAACGACGCAAGAGGAGAUUGUACGCUCGUGGUCAGUCAAAAGAGGACGAUGAUGAUCAUGAUGACGACGACAACGACGAUCAGCGACAGCAGCCUUCAAGCGAUGUGACGCUCCAACCCGUGUUGCCGUUGGACUUGUCUUUCACUCCGAAGGCAGCGCUUAUUCAACCCAAGGUGGAACCAGAGGAGCUGGACAUCAGUGCAGUGGAAGUAAAAGUGGAGGAGGUGGAGAUGGAGACCCCGAUCUCCAGUCAAGCUCCGGUUUAACAUGACGCGGCAUAAAAGACAUAAGGAAAAAUGGAUUGAAAAUCAUGAGAACUGAAGAAUAGGUGAGUCAUCGAAAAAAAUUACAUUGGCUGUAAAUCAUUAUUGUAUACUGUAUUGUGUAGAAAGCAGUAAAACUACCUCAUUUUGUCUUUUAGUGCAGCUGUGGUUGCUUUUUAAGUCAGUUGUUGCCACUACAAUCCAGUGUAUGUAUAGUGACAUUUUAUUUUUAAACACAUAUUUUUAUUUUUACCUAACUUUUGUCAAGUGGUCCAGUUGUCGUUUUUCGUAUUCAUGAGCAGCUACGAACAUCAUCAGUAGAAAUGUGCGUCUAAUACUCUGAAUGUUAAACUUUGAUUAAAGAGUGCUGAGAAAAUACCGCAAAUGUGAUCAUUUCAAAAUAAA